UGCACGGCGAGAUGAUGGAUCUUAUGGAUGUGAGCAAUGAAAUACAAGAAACCCUUGGUAGAAGCUACAAUGUCCCAGAUGACAUCGAUGAGGAGGAACUUAUGGGCGAGCUUGAUGCUUUGGAAGCUGAUAUGGACUUCGAAUCAAAUUCAGUCCCAUCGUACCUCCAACCAGACAAGGAGACAGAUCUUGAUUCUGAGCUUAACUUACCUGCUGCACCAAGUGGUCAUGCAGCAAUCCCGGCAAACCGGCAGCAGGAGGAUGAACUUGGACUGCCUACGGUGCCGCACACAUCAAUUCGUACCUGAAACUAAAAAAUACGUGUAGGUUUGAUCUUGAUGUAAAUGGUCGGCACUAUGUUUUUGCAUGGACAAUUUCGUUGUAUCUUGCGUCAUAUACCACUGCAAUU